AUGAAGGCACUGAAUCGCGAAGUUCCAUGGCGCGACAUCGUACGUCAAGGAGGAGCAACGCUCCAGGAGUACGUAGAAUCAGCUCGCAAAGAGCACGAACAAUGGAUGACGUGGUCCCUAAUCAGGCCACUCUCCACAGAGGAAGCCCGGGAAGUCCUCAAAGAUCCCGUGCUGGGGACCCGGGUCAGGUCGCGAGCCUGCUACCGGGACAAGUCCCAAGGGCAGGGCGAACUGCGCGCCAAGACACGUGUAGUCGUUUUAGGACACAGAGAUCCGAACCUGACGGUCAUAAACCGCGACGUGCCAAUUCCAACUCGCUUGACGGAACAAGUUCUCUUGACAGCCUACAUGUCAGGACGCAACAGGAAGCUCCUCCGAAAUGAGCGUCUUUGGAGACUGGUGCGCCGACGCGACGACAGCGCACCGUUCCUGCAAGGCCAACAGGAUCAGGGCGAACUGCCAAAUCGACUCUUCAUGAUGCCACCCCGUGACCCAAUCCUGUCACAAGCAGGUACAUGUCCAGCCGAACUGUACGAGAGGGAACGAGUAUGGCCUUGCGAACGCCCCAGGACUAUUGUCGUUGGAGAUGGGAAAGCGCUCUAUGACCAAGAAGGAGUUGUAGACUGUAUCGCUCUACUUUUUGUAUUAUGCGUGGAUGACUUCCUGGUGACCGACCUAGGAGUCGUCAGGAGCACAUUGGCCGUAGAGGCUUCUGCAGCGGAUGGCGCAAUCGAUCGCGGUGUCUUCGCCAACAAGAUGUUCUCCCAGAUUGUGUUCGGAGCCAAGGCAAACCCGCUCACCAAUCUGAAGACACUAAGGCAGUGUCACGCCACUGAUUGCAAGUCUCUAUACGAUGCUGCCCUCGCAGCAAACUUCAACACGGAAGAGAAGCGUGUUGGACUCACCAUCCGAUCUGUGCAAGAAACCAUUCCUCCCUCGGACAUGCGUGUGGCUCGCGAUGAUGGUUGGUACCUUGGUCACCUACCGGCAGUGGUACUGCACUGUCGCAGCAACGGCCCUGACACGACUUUUGCUUUGCCAUCGAUGAAGGCUAUGGACCUACACCUGGCCGUGAGAUUUCGUCUCCAGCGCUGGGUGGCACAGCCCCUGAGCAGCCCGACUUUCGUGGCCACCAACCAGGUGAGUCUUCGUCGCGGCCUUCAUGCUUGGAGGCGUUUGCACACUGCGCGAGAGGCCUUGCGCGCCACCGAACGGGCGGGGCCUCCGUCGUCGAGUGAAGAGAGGUCCUGGCAGAUCCUCCGCAGCACCUUUUUGGACGUGGAGGUGGAGGCUGGGAUGUCGCGGCAGCUCCGGGAGGAACGCCUGGCUCAGGCCGAGCAGAGCCGCGCAGCUCAUCGGCAACGACUGCUGGAGCGAUGGAAUCAGCAAUGCAUGGCAGAAGAAGACCACUGGGCACAGGUGGAAAGAAAGCGCGAGAGGGCGUUUUUUGCGCGUGGCUCGCGGCUUCUGUCGAAGUUGGAGCAAGCGGAACAAGGCUUGUGCAAGGCUCAAGCUGCGCAUGGCGCAGCCUCGGAGCCAUGUCAUCCAGGUGCCCCUGAGCCCUGCAAACGCCGCCGGGUGGGUCCCAAGCCGCUUGCGGGCCGCCGUGGAACUGUCAGGGAUCCGUCUGCAACGUUAGAACUUUGGAGAUCGGGGUAGUCUUUCCAUGUCUUUCCAUG